AAAAAUGAAUUCAGCUUGAGAAAUAAAUUGUCAACAACUUGUUUUUUCCAUCAUUAAAAAAAAGCUGGGGUCAAUUUUGACCUCGCGUGGUAAUCGAAGCCAUUAAAAUCUCUUGGUAAUCCGAAGGUUAAACUUAAAUCCAUACGAAUCCCAAAAAGUCACUUAAACGUGUGUUUAAGUUUUGCUUGUUGUUUUAAAUAAAAUUAUUCAAUAAAAAAAUGGGAAACGAUAUUUGACACCAUGCACAGAAUUCUACUCUUUACUAUUCUAUGGUGUCGAAGUUGAACUAAAGACGUUCUGUGAAGUACAGUACAAACAACCAACAAAUAUCAAACUUGAAGCACCUUGAAGUCUAGAAGUCUAGAAGUCUGUGUCUAGAAGUGAGGUUAUGGUCAGAGGCUGUGGUGUAGUCACAGGUUUUAUGUAUGUACUAAAUACAAUUUCAUACUUCAAAAUAUAUUGAGAUAUAUUCAAGUUAAAGUACAGUUUACAUGUUUAAAUUCCCUCAGCAAAAUGUGAAGAUUAAAUUUAAACUUUGACAGUUUAUUUCUAGGGCUCACAAAAUAUACAAAAUGUCAUACAACUUCAUUGAACAAACUUCAUAGGAAUAUCUACUAGUUUGUAAUUAGAAAUGCCAUACAUUAUAUUACAAGGAUUACCAGGAAUUGGUAAAACUACUCUAACAAAAAAAAUUGCCACCAAAUUAAAAGACAUGGCACUAGAAGUCACUGGUUUUUACACAGAAGAGUUGCGGGAUAGCAAAAAUUACAGGAUAGGUUUCGAUAUUGUUACACUAGACAAUGUCAGGGGAGUCUUAGCAAGAAAAAGUAACGCAGGCAGUGAGUCAAAAUAUAAAGUUGGAAGUUAUAAUGUACACAUUGAAGAAUUUGAAAAAGUAGCACUUCCUAUAUUUAAUAAGACUAGUUCAAUACUCAUAAUAGAUGAAAUUGGAAAAAUGGAACUUUUGAGUAAAAAAUUUGAAGCCAAAAUUAAAACUGUACUCACAGGUCAAAAGGGCAAAAUCAUUGCCACAGUACCUUUAAAAGGCGGAGGUCCCCUAGUACAAAAACUGAAAAGCGAUACAUCUAAUCAUUUAUUCACAGUCAACGUGGCAAAUAGAGACAACUUGGUUGAAGAAAUAAUUCCACUUAUUCUUCAGUAAAUCAUAUAUUUCAAAUAAACACUACGUUUUG